AUCAUAACAAGCAAGGGCAUUUCAAUAAACUGUAAAUUUGUCCGUUUGAAUAUCAAUCUUAUAGAAACUAGCUCUAUUGUAGGCAGCGAUAGAAUAUCAUCAUAGAAUAGACAUCAAUCAACAAAGAAGACAUGGGAAGACGUAAGAUACAAAUUAAACCUUUAAAAGACGACCGCAAUCGCUCAGUAACCUUUCUCAAGCGUAAAACGGGGUUAUUCAAGAAAGCUCACGAACUAGGCGUUCUAUGUUCAGCUGAUGUUGCAGUUAUUGUCUUCGGACACAAUGGAAAACUCUAUGAAUUUUCCAGUGGAAAUAUAGAGAAGAUAUUGAUGAAGUAUACAGAGCAUGAGGGAGAAUCUGAGAGGAGGUGUCCACGUGAUUUCAACGACGACAACGAGAGUGAGCAGGACUUUAACGAGUUCGAGGAAGAACGCGUGAAGGAGGAACCAGAGGUACAGGUGAAAGCGACGACGGAGACGCCCACACCUGUGAAAUCUGAACCUGUAAAAGAAGACAUCAUUAAAGAGGACAUCAAACCACGAAUAGAGAUUGGCGAUUUGGAUGAUAAGCCAUCCUCAAUGCCUAGCACUCACGCAGGGCCAUCGUCUUCAUCGCUUCCACCUCCACCUCGGUCACCGAAACCAGUCAGUCCAUUUGACCCCUCGAAAUAUUCACCUUACCCUCCUUUGUCGUUUUUGCCUGGAUAUCCACAUUCUCCGAAUACACAAGCACAGCAUGACCAAAUGAUGAAUUGGCAGUAUGCACAGAUGCACGCACACGCGGUAUCUCAACAUCAACAACAGCAAACACGACCACAACAAUCCACAAAUCAAUUCUUGUCCCCAUCUAAUACACCAGUAGUACAAUCACAUUCACCACAAGCCAGCCAAUCUAUGCUACAGACUCCCAACGUUUCAAGUGUACCCAAUAUGGGCUCUAUGCCUUGGUAUAAUAGUAUGCCACCAAUAGCAUGGCCGACACCCGCGCCUGGAUUAUCAGCAUCAAUGUUGAUGGAUCCAUUUCAAUUCCCACUUGAUGGACUCUCUACAAGUCCUUCUGAUGGUCAAUCAGGUUUCCAAUGGCCCAUUCCGCCGAAAGAAGCAACGAAUCAGAAUAAUUCAACCACUGCAGCUGGAUCUGAAGGUGAAUUAUCUGCUAAUAGUGGUACGACUUUAGAAGUACCCAAUAGUAAAGAACCAAUUCAAUCACCCCGAUCGACAAAACGAGCACGAACGAAUUGAAUGAAAUGCAUAUCAGAGUAACAUAGGAUUCACACUCUUUAACAUAUUUAUUCCACAGGGAGGAAUAACAUCCUUUUUCUUAUUGUAGUUUGACUUUUUUUUUUAAUAAUAGAUGAACAAUUUCU